AUGAGUGGUCACCAGCUAAUGCGCAUCUGCUCAGUUGGGGGCAAUCCCGUCUCGGCUUUCUUGUCGUGGAGGCUCCAGGCCACCAAUGCCUGCGACGUCACGCUGGUGUGGAAGUCGGGCUUCGAGCACGUCGCCCAGUACGGCAUCUCGUUCAAGUCCACCACGUUUGGCAAUGAGCGUUUUAAGCCUCGGCACGUUGUCCGAAACCCAGAAGAUGCCGCAGGAAAUCGAGAUGGUCCGUUCGAUUACGUCAUCCUCUGCGUGAAGGCUCUUCCCGAUGUUUACGACCUCGCGGCCGUCAUUGAAUCUGUUGUUACUCCUCAGCAUACCUGCAUCCUUCUCAACACCACGCACUCGCUCGGAAUCGAAGCCGCAAUCGAAGAACGCUUCCCGACCAAUGUCGUUCUGUCCCUCGUCUGUGGGGCUGAGCUUACGCAGCUCGGGCAGAGCGAGUUUGAGCACAAGGGCUCAACUGACGUCUGGAUCGGCCCUGCCAAUCCCAAUGCCAGUAUCCCACAGUCCAUACAGGAGGACAUGGCGCAGGCCAUCUCCCUGACGCUUGGCACCGGCCAGGUCAACAGCCGAGUAUCCCCCAACAUCCGGCAACAGCAAUACGAAAGAGUCAUUGGUCCGAUUGCAUUUCAUCCCAUUAGCGUAAUAUUCGAAACAUCCAAUCAUGCGGCGCUUCUGGAGAAAAUGGGAGUAAAGGAUAUGGUCUCCGAGGUCAUUGACGAGUUACUGCGCGUCGCCGAGGCCAAUGGCUGCAAGUUCGCUCCAAACUUCAAGCAGUCGAUCAUGGACGAAAUGACAAGACCAAAUCAACCCGAGAGCAUCAUGUGGCAGGACUUUGUCGCAAGGCGGCCAAUGGAAGUUGAGACUUACCUCGGCUCUCCGGUCAAACUCGCUCGCGAUGCCAAAGUCCACGUGCCCCGGAUCGAGACUCUCUAUGCCAUUCUUCACAAUUUAAACAUCGUCAACCGCAACCGGCCGAAACAAGGUGAUGCAGUGCCUCCCGGCAACGGCCCCCCUGGCUCGCCAAACAACGCAUCACCGUUCCCUCCUCGAGGCCCAUCCCAGGCCGGCUUCCGCCCCAUGAUACCCAAUGGCAACGGAAUGCCACCCCGCCAGCCGCGACCCAGGACGUCGUCCAACUUCAGCAACGCGGGGGGGAUGCGCAGGCCGCCACCCAUGGCCAACGGCGGGCCCAAUGGAUACGGGAGGCCGCCACCGCAGAUGAACGGUGGAGGUUCCCGCGCAGCGUCUCGGCGUGGCUCCAUGGACGGCAAUGACCUGGAAGAGUUUUCUCACCUCGUCUUGUACGAUGACAUUCCAGAGGGACAAGAGGAGUCGUUUGGGACCGAGAACUCGGACAUUGGCCUCAGAGAGCGAGAGUUGCAACUGAGACAGCGCGAGCUGGCCUUGAAAGAGCAGGAGAUGAGGAUGAGGCGUGGCCCGCCCCCUCAAGCAGCCGUGCCUCCCUCUCGCCGCGGGCCGCCACCAUCCAGGGGCGGGUUUGACGAUGACGACGACGACGACGAUUACUUUGACCCGGCCAUGGCCACCAACGUGCCCGUGAUAGACCCCGACAAUUUCGACAUGAUGAGCGUCACCUCGAGGAAAAAUCGCAAGGUGGCCGGGCCGCCUGCGUCCCAGAUGCGGCGCAACCCCGAAGGAGAUGCGCUGCCGUCCAAGAGCAGCAGGUUUCGCCCCUUUGGCCGCAAUCGGUCCAGCCAAAUGAGCCAGAUCAGCCAAAUGCCUACUGUCAAUGACAAUAUCCUCGAUGACCCGUUGCUGAGCUUCACUUCGAACCGCUACGGGGCUGUGGAUCGCGGUGCCAUGAGUGCGGGUUCCCGUGCCAACUCUCUGACAGCCGCUCGCUUGGACGACAUGCAAUUCGGCCCCGGGGGAGGCGGAGGUGGAGGACCCAGCAUGACCAUGACCGGUGGCUAUCCUCGACGAACUAGUCACUCCCCAGGAAACCAGUACAGCCCGUCGAUGCGAGGUGGAAAUGGUAGGCCUUCGCCACCAAACGGUUUCGGGCCUGCAAACGGCCAGCCAUCUCCGCCCAACGGCGUUCGACAGCCCGUUCCCCGUUAUCCCCCGGGGCAGGGCACUGCGGUCGCGCCCCAGCAAGUUGAACAGCAGGUCGGGGUGAGCCCUCUCAAUCCCCCCAAAACUAGAGAUGCUCGUAGUCUGACCGGCAGUGCGAGUGCUAGCGCGGACAGUGGUGAGAACGGCUCCGAACGAUCUGCAUAUGGCAGCCAAGGUAGUCUUCAACAACCACUGCAAUAG